AUGUCUAAAGUAAUUGCAGUUAAAGGGCUCGCUGACAUCCUAACUGCCCUCAUCCUCGUGGUCAAGCCCGCCUUCAUAUACAACUCCGUUCCAACUCGUGCCGUCGCGUCGUUUACUGGCUUGCACUUGUCGAAUGCAGAGGUUGCACCAGGAUUCAACCAGGCAAUCGCGUGUAUGGUUGCAGCAGUCGGCGUCGGGCAUAUCGUGGCAUCGAGAUGCAGUCCCAACGCCAGGGUUCCUAUUUUCGCGAUGAAUCUCACUUGGGCUACUCUUAAUCUGCUCACUUGCGUCAUGCCUCAGGCUUGGGGGAUAGGAAGCGCGACUCAGCUUAUGAGUGCACUCAACCAUACUGCAUUCUCGCUCGCCAUGUACUUUACGGACCCGGUGUUCCGCGCAAAAAGUAAGGCUGAAUAG